UUUAUAGUUACAAAACUUUUUUGGUGUUGGCCUGGGUGACUGGAGUCGUUGGCGUGAAAGCAACAUUUUAACCCUUUUCUUUUCGUCAAUUGAUAUUCAUUUUGUUUAUGUGAGUGUCUAUGUGACACUGAGAGCCGCUUUGACCCUGCCAUGGCUGAGGUACCUCCACCACACGGACAGCCGGUCGAAAUAGACCCGGACUUUGAGCCUCUCUCCCGCCCGCGGUCCUGCACCUGGCCGCUGCCCCGUCCGGAGCUCGUCGACCCCGCCAGCUCCAACACAUCCUCCCCGGCACCGUCCGUCCAGCAGGAGCCGGGAGGAAACGCCGAUUUCACCAGUAACCUCGGCUUGUUAGAGGAAGACUAUGAGGAGUACGCGGACCAGAAACCGCCUUUGCCCUGCACUGAUUUCCAGUGUCGGGAAGGAAAUAAUGUGCAUCUACAUCACCACCAACAACAACAACAACAACAACAUCAUCAUCAUCCUCAUCAUCAGCUCCACCAGCAGCAGCAGCAGCAACUUUCGGGUCAGCAGCUGCCGCCCCAGCAACAAGUGCCUCCUCCUGGUGUUGCACCCUUGGGUGGCACCGGCCAGAGAAAAAGCAGCUCGUCCCGUCGUAACGCCUGGGGGAACAUGUCAUACGCUGAUCUGAUUACCAAGGCGAUAGAGAGCUCACCUGAGAAGAGGCUGACACUGUCUCAGAUAUACGACUGGAUGGUGAAGAAUGUGCCUUACUUCAAGGAUAAAGGAGACAGUAACAGCUCCGCGGGCUGGAAGAACUCCAUCAGACACAACCUGUCCCUGCACAGCCGCUUUGUGCGCAUACAGAACGAGGGAACAGGGAAAAGCUCCUGGUGGAUGCUGAACCCAGAGGGAGGGAAAAAUGGCAAGUCACCUCGACGUAGAGCCACCUCCAUGGACAACAACAGUAAGUUUGCCAAGAGCAGAGGAAGAGCCACAAAGAAAAAGAUGGCUCUACAGGAAGGGGUUGAGGGAGGAGCAGGCAGCCCCGGUUCCCAGUAUUCCAACUGGUUGGGAAGCCCAAACUCCCACAGUAAUGAGGACUUUGAAGCCUGGAGCUCCUUUAGGACACGCACCAGCUCUGACGCCAGCACGCUGAGUGGUCGCCGGUCACCUUUCCCUUCUGAACAGGAGGACCUGGGGGAAUCUGACAGCCACAUGAUGUAUCCUGGAGGAGCAGGGACCAAGAUUACUGCCCCCUUGCCCAGCCUGUCUGAGGUGGCUGGAUCAAUGGGCCAACACGGCUCAGAGAAUGUCAUGGAGAGCCUGUUGGAUAACUUGAACCUGCUGUCUCCUAAGAACCCCCAGCUCGGUUCAGACUCCUCACAUUCCCCAAAUGCUGCCAUGCUUCAGAGUAGCCCCUACAACUCCACCAGCUUGACCCUGCGCCAACAGCAGGACUACCAUAAAUGCAUGUAUGGCCAGGUGAGGAUGAACUCCCUGUCCCCUGUCCCAAUGCAGACAUUGCCAGAGAGCAAGCCAGGCUAUGUGGCUUAUGAGAACCAAUAUAUCUCCCCUGCUGGCCUCCUCAAAGAGCUGCUGACCUCAGAUGCAGAUGCCAACAGAGACAUGAUGCCCCACAGGGAUUCACUGGUGCCUCAGGUUGGUAGGGGAAGUUGCCUCUUGCCCACCUACAACAGUCAGAGCCAAGUGAGUGGGCAUAAUGGAGUAAAAAUUAUGAAUCCUCCUCAGAGACACACAGUUCCUCAUGUAAGCCCACAAGUUAUACAUAGACAGGGUCCUUCAACCUCACGAGACUUGAAUAGCUGUAACAUGAUCCCCCUGACCAGUCUGACUAGUCUUUCAGGGGCCCUUCCUCGAAUGACCAGCCUGAGGACAUGCAUGCAGCUGCCCCAUGGUCACCCGGCACACACUAAUGAUGUCACGGCAGGCUACAGCAGCAGCAAUGGCUACAGGCAACUUGUUCAUCCACACGGUCAUCAUCAUCAUCAGGAACGGCUACCCAGUGACCUGGAUAACGUAUCUAUUGAGAGGCUUGAAUGUGACAUGGAGUCUGUCCUAAAUGAAACCCUCAUGGAUGGGGGGGCGCUGGACUUCAACUUUGACCCUGCAGCUGGGCCUCAGGGGUUUCCCCAGAGGGUGAAGACCACCACACACAACUGGGUGUCGGGCUAAGGAGCAUGGUGGAUUAUAUAAUUGAUGCUUAAACAGGUGUUUCUCAGCAUCACACUGCUGCUCGCCCUCAUUCUGAGACAGGAAAAUAUCAACCCAAAGAAGCCAUCACCAACACUCUCCACAAAGAUGUAUAUGUCUAGAGUGGCAGUUCCAUGUAUAACAGUGCAAGUUAUUACUUUACAUUAAAGAGUAAACAAAAUGAGAUUUCAAUUAGUUUUUUAGAUAUCUCUUCAGGGAGAAAAUGAAGACAUGAUAUAAGCCUGUAUUAAUUAAAUUUGCCUUGUUUACAAAAACUGGAAAUAUAUAUGUAUUACCUUUUUAGCUGAAGUCAUUGUAUAUUGAAACAAACGAUAGGGUGCAGUGUAUUACAUAAUACAAAAUGCUUCGCAAAAAAGGCAGUUUCUCAAAAUGUAUAAUUUGUGAUUAGUCUGACAUUUCUGGGAAUAAUGUGUAUUUGGCCCAAACUUCAGAAUCACCUUUAGUUUAAAGACUGGAUCUUGGAGCAGUCAGUAGGCCCAGCUGAGAAUACCUGAGGGGCUUCAAUGUGCACCGGGGACAUAACAACUCAGUAAUAAGUCAGGGUUGAAAUUGAUCAUUUGAAAUUGGCACCCAAAUCUGUAAUGGUGGGUUUGAGAUUACAUUCUCUGGACCAAAAAGCUUCUUUGAACAUCAAGUCCUUGAUAGCAAAAAAAACUGCUGACCUAGUGAGAUCAUAGGCAAACUAGUGUAUCAUCCACAAAUUAUAUUCACAUGUUCAACACAGUGAAUUAAAAUAACCCAGAGAAGAUGUACAGUUAUACCUGGAGGAGCAGACAUGUUAAAUCCUGAAAAUAUAGCCAUAAACAGUUUGAAAUGUUUAUAGACAGAUGUCAUGGUACAGUGCUGUCAGAAGCAGUGCUUGAGUCAAAUGUCAACCACAUUUCCUCAUCAUUAGACCAUUAUUCAUCAUUAUUAGAGACCCUGAGAUGAGCUCUAUCUCAGACUGAAUUUACUCCUUCAUUGAUAAUCUGUAUGACAAUAUUUAUUUAUGUUUUUAUUUUAAUCAUGGCCAUUGGACAUUUGCUUUGUACUUUGUAUGCUUGUAAAAAUGCAUAUGGGUGUACAAUUUACUGUAUUUUUAGUGAUGAGAUGUUGUAAUGCUGUCAUUGUUUUUUUUUUGCAUGAAACUAAAAUUGAAGGUGAAGAUCACAGAAACUGUACUGUAUGUAAGAGAUCCUAAAAACAGUGACCCAGUACAUCCCUGCCACCUGUUAUGAAAUAUGAUUCACUUUUCAAACUGCAUUAGAUAAACUGGAAAAUUCAUGCCAAUCAAGUUGAAAUCAAAGUUGUUGUUUUUUUUUUAUCACAAAAAAGGGACAUUUUGCUGAUGUAGGCGGUGUGAUAGAGGGGAAGCGGCAACAGGUGGAGAGGCUGAUGAUGAAAACCUAAACUCUGCAAAUGCAAACUGCAAAUGGAUUAUAGUCUUCAAAGUUCAGCUAACACAGCACAUCAUUUGCGUGUGUUUUAUUUACCUCUGAGCAGCUACAGUUGUUAUGCACCAAAGAGGUUUCUACUCUACCAAACACAUUUCAAAGUGUGCCAAUCCACUGUGCCUACACGGUCUUACAGACUUACAAUGCUGUAUAUUAACUUCUUAAGUAGUACUUUUUUGUAUAUGAUGGUUUUAAUGACUUUGUUAUGAUUAUACUGAAAUAUUAUCCUGUAUGUAUGAUUGUGUUACAAAUGGUUGUUUACAUAUCUCCAAAACUAUAUCAAUACAUAUAAAAACACUCAUACCUCAAAAUAUUUUACCUCUGAAGUGUUGAAGGGAUUUUUCCUGCCAUUUCCCUGCGUGAGUUUUGUAUUGAAUUUGUCUUCAUUUUCAUAGUUUUGUACAUAUUGUUUUGUUAAUGCCUAGACAGGUUCAGAGUGAAGUAUCCCUUUAAAUUUUGAAUGUUUUCUUGUGCUUGAGGAUUAUAGCCAUUAGUUUCUACUGAAUAUUUUGUGACAGCAAUGUAAAUAAUUUUAAAAUUGAACAUGAAUUUGUGUGAAAUUCUACAUUUCAAUACAUUUGUAUUAAUCUUUUGAGACAGACAUCCAGGAAAGAAGUAAAACAUUUAAUAACAUUUAAUUAUAUUGUGGCACAAAAUUACUACUUUAUUUAAAGCAAAGCAAAGAUAAAUAUUUGAUGGAAUCAUUUCAAUAAAUAGCUACCAUGCACAAAUGAGAGUGCUUGAGUCUGUUACAUUUAAUUAUGAAAAAGAGAAUAUAUCUCAUUUUCAGAUGAAAUCUUUUACAUAAAUGAUUAAACCUAUUUAAGGAUUUUCAGAAAACAUACCAUCUUGAUUUGC